AAGCAGUCUUACUGCACUGAAGUUUGCUCUCUCCUCACAGACAGACUGACUGGGAUAAAAAAAAGGAGGGUAUUUUCAAAAUGAAACAGUUUGCUUUGCUGUUGCUGUGCACACAGCUGCUGUAUGUUUGGGCCGUGAGCGAGCCAGUCUAUCCUCUGAACCCUGGUUCCUGUGAAUGCCCAGAUGCUGUGGCUGCUGCAGACCUGGCCCUGAGGAAAAUCAAUAGUCACCGGAAUCAAGGCUACAUAUUCAGCUACCAUCGCCUUUCCAAUGUCAACCAAAAGCAGAAGGGACCAAUGGGGACUGUAUUUUACCUGACGAUAGAUGUUCUAGAAACAUCGUGCAACGUUCUUAGCAAGAGGUUGUGGACAAGCUGUGAAGUGAGACCAUUAACUGAGGCUGUUUAUGGACAAUGCCAGGCAACAAUUUACAUUAAUAAAGUAGAAAGAGCUAUUCGGCUCUACAACUACAACUGCUCUUUAAGACCAGUUCCACGCAACAGAGUCCAUGAUAUCUGUCUGAACUGUCCAGAAGCACGCAAGGUGGAUGACCCUGCUGUAUUAAAUGCUACACAGCUGGUCCUUCAAAAGUAUAACAAUGAAAGUCCACAUUUGAAAUAUUUUGCCCUUCUGAAUGUGACUAAAGCAUCAGAGCAGGCCCUUGUGGCUAAGAAAUAUGCACUGGAAUUCACUAUCCAGGAGACGGUGUGCCCCAAGGUCACACACAGGGGGGACGUCUCCCAGUGUGAAUUAAUGACCUGCGAGUUUGCUCACAAAGGUCACUGCAAAGGAUCAUACAUGAAGGCACCAGAUAACGAGUAUAUCACUGUCUCUUGUGAACUCUUUGAGCCAGAGGCCUCACAGCAGGAAGAGAAACCCCACCUGCUGGGCGGAGAACAUGACCACCAUCAUGAUAAGCAUGCAGAUCACCAUGACUAUGGGCAUGACCAGCAUGAGCACGGGCCUGGCCACCACCAUCAUGACAAGCAUGCAGAUCAUCAUGACGAUGGGCAUGACCAGCAUGAGCACGGGCCUGGCCACCACCAUCAUGACAAGCAUGAGGAUCACCAUGACGAUGGGCAUGACCAGCAUGAGCACGGGCCUGGCCAUCACCAUCAUCACAAACAUCUGCAUGCUCAUGAGCACCACCACCCUGGCAAUAUAUCCACUUUUCAGAGAGCUAUCACCCCUCAUUACGAGGAGACAGAGGGAGAAGUGCUGUAUCUCCCACCUAUUGAUGUACCAACUGUUUACAAUGCCGAUGCAGACAAGCCUGUUACUCUUCCCAGUUUCCCUGACAUACCAGUUGCUUUUCAAGGUCCCAUCAUCCAUCCUUUCCCUACAAUGAUUGGAGAAAAGUGUCCGGGUCAGCCAAAGAAUAAAGUGAAACUGAUUCAGCAGCUGUAUAAGGAGGAUCAAGGAUUCUUCAAUUAACUGAUUAAAAAACAACAACAAUAAUAAUAAUACUGUACGUAUGUCUGCUGUUGUACCACGCUGCUACUCCAGCCCAGAACACAAGAAGACCAAGUGAGAAUGCACACUAGCAAUUGAGUGAAUUCACUAGCACCCUCCCUCCCCAACCAUCAACAAACUUACACGAGCCACGACCGUUUCACCUCUUUUAAAAUCCCAAUUCAACCACUGGAUGUCAUUAUAAUCUAAGGUAUGGAAAAACAGUAUUAGUAAAGCUGAAGUAUUUUACCAUUAAACCAAUAUUUCCCAAAUGUAACUACAAGGGUGAUUUUUUUUCUGGCCACCCCUUUCAGAGACGUUUCAAUUUUUUUUUUAAAUACCAAUUCACGCAGCACAGAUUUGCACAAUCUAUGCCGGUAUAAUACUGUCAUAACCCUUUCACAUAGUCAAUGAGACCAUGUGAGUACAACUUUUAAUUAAUGAGUCGUCAGAUAAAUUAGUUGAAACUGGAUUCAAUACUAACGACAAGCCAUCCCACCUGACAUUUGAAAAACAAUUUGGUCAAGAGCAGUAAAACACAUUAUUAACCAAGCAGGCACAGGGUAUUUUGCUUUAUUACAGCAGCUUAGAUUCACUCGUGUGCCAGUUCUCUGCGCAUGGAAACCACAUUUUCACAAAAUGUCACUAGUAAUCUUCAAAAACAGCACAAGUACUUUAUGCAUAGUUCAUUUACAUAUCAACCCCAAUCUUUUGCAUGACGUUGGAUGAAAAGCCGAGUUUUCUCGAGUAAAAUAAACUGAGCGAAUGGAAACCCAAAAAAGCAUUUUACCCAAGACAUUUUUCUCGUGUAAAUGUCUCGAGUUAAAAAAAAAACCUUGCAUGGAAACCCCAUGAAUGUCAAUUGAUAAGCAUUUAUCAUGAGUAAUCACUUGACAAAAGAAAUAUAUAGAGCAUCUAUAAGGAGGUGUUAGACCAGGUUGGGAACGAGGCCAUUAUUAACAAAAACUUAUCAACCUUAUCCCUGCACCCCCUUAGCCCAUUUCAGAGUGUGAUGCCUUACUAGACAAGCAAGAGUAGCAGCAUUUAAAUCUCUUUGAAAUUUUGAGUUUGAUCUUAAAAAAAUAAUUAUUUUCCAAUUAAAACUUACUAUGAUUCUAAUGGUUGAUAACUAAAUUUGUAUUGAAAUUAGUAACAUGAUUACCGACCCACUAAUCUUUGUAAUAAAUAUAUUUAAAAAUAUAAACUUUUGUUAGUUUAUAUAUAUAUAUAUAUAAAUUGGGGGAUAUAGAGGACACUUAAUGAAUGUUGUUUUUCCAUGAAUGAGAUUUGAUUGAUGAAUGUUGCUAAUGUUGCUGAAUGUUGCUAUCCUCAUGAGUAAAAUAACCAUGACCGUUCAAUGUACAAUGUAUGGAAAAUAAAGUAUGUUUGAAUCUAAUGUAAA